AUGUCUCAAUAUUCACCUCCAGCAUCUGCUUCAAAACCAACAAUCUCCAUUGACAUUGCUGCAACAACAACUACAUUCAUUCCUUCAUCUUUAUCAUCUUCAUCUCCAUUACAGCCAAGGAAACAUCACAUUUCAUCUCCAGUCACUCCAAACUCAUCUUUGGCUUCUACAAACUCUUCUUCAUACUCUAAAAUUCACCACUCUCCACGACAACAAAACUUACAUCAAAUACUUCAACAACAACCUUUAUCACCCUAUUCUUCUCCAUUAUCACCCCAGCAAACUCCAUCUCGCAAAAAACAACGCCAGGGAUCUCUUGUUUAUGGCGACCGGUUUAUUCCAAUGCGUAAUGCAAAUAACAUCCAAGCAGCCUUCUCGCUGGCCAAGGAGGCCCCCCUUAGCAAUUCAAACAACCAAAAAGAACAAACCACUCCAGUUGUGACUGAACUUCAUCACCAAAAAAUCGAACAAGCAAACAAAAUCUACUCUACCCUCCUUAAAGCUGAGCUUUUUGGAAAUGACGUUCCUUCUACAAUUCCAGCUCCUCCUCCACAAUCAAUCAUCACCCCUUCAAAUUCAAACUCAUCCCUUGCAGAACUUUCAGCUACUGACAACUUCAACUACUCUCGUACCCCCUCAAGCCAACACCAACGUCGCCCAAGUGUUGCCACUACCCUCUCCUCUUCUUCCAGCAUGUCAUCUUUUGCAUCUUCAUCAUCAUCUUCUUCCUCAUCAUCUUCCUCUUCCAUUCACUACCCAGGGGUCAUCACCCCUCCAAGAAGCAUUCGCUCAACAAAUACUACCCCAAGCAAUGGUAACAUUUUCCAAUACAAGAGCGCUAACCGUAGCUCCUUCUCUACAAGUUACUACUCUAGACAUAACUCGGAUACCAGCCUUGAAUCUGUCAUGGCAACUCCUGAAAAAACCCCAAACACCUCCCGCAGAUGCUCUGCUUCCGAUGUCCUUUUCUCCGCCUCUUCCUCUUCUUCCUCUUAUUCCUCCUUUUCAUCAUCCUUUACUACUCCUCACACCAUUGAUCCUACUCAUCCCAUGUACUCCACCUCGCCGGUUCGACUGGAGUCUCAAAAGCUGCUGCUUUCCCCUACACGCGCUCCACGAGGAAUCUCUAAAAUCCCUUACAAGGUCCUCGAUGCCCCUGAUCUUGUCGAUGACUUUUAUCUUAACCUUGUCGACUGGGGGUCCCAAAACGUUCUCGGAGUUGGUCUAGGCAGCAAGGUCUACAUUUGGAACGCCGAAACAAGUUACGUGACUAAUCUUUGCGACCUUGGAUCCGAGGAAAUGGUGACAUCCAUCUCCUGGAUCAAACGUGGAACCCAUCUUGCAAUUGGAACACGCAGUGGCACCGUUCAAAUUUGGGACGCUGAGCACCAAAAACUGGUCCGUAGCAUGACUGGUCACGACAAGCGAGCAGGUGCGCUUGCAUGGAACGGUCACAUUCUUACCAGCGGCAGCAGAGACCGCACCAUUCUGCAUCGCGAUGUGCGCAUUGCAGAUCAUUAUAUUAAGCGGUUAACAGGACAUAAGCAAGAGGUGUGCGGCCUCAAGUGGAACACUGAAGACAACCAGUUGGCUAGCGGCGGGAACGACAACCGGCUGAUUGUAUGGGACGGUAUGAAUGAGCAGCAGCUUUACCGGUUCACCGACCACAAGGCGGCUAUCAAAGCCAUUGCGUGGAGCCCUCAUACCCGUGGACUUUUGGCCACUGGCGGAGGAACUGCUGACCGUCGCAUCCGGUUUUGGAACACCUUAACAGGUACAUGUUUGAAUGAAAUUGAUACCGGUAGUCAGGUGUGCAACUUGGCAUGGAGCAAGGUGUCGAACGAAUUAGUGUCGACACAUGGGUACUCCCAAAACCAGGUUGUUGUGUGGAAAUACCCAACAAUGCAACAGGUUGCUGUUCUUACGGGUCAUUCAUAUCGUGUGCUAUACUUGGCCAUGAGUCCGGAUGGCCGUACGAUUGCAACUGGAGCUGGUGAUGAAACGCUUAGAUUUUGGAACAUUUUCGAUGAUGCAAAGAAUGGCAAGCAACAGUCUUCUCUUUUAGAUGUGUUUCCUAAGUUGCGAUAA